UUCAUUAGUACAUAGUAGAUGAUUAUCAGGCCACGACAAUAAAGAUGGGUUAAAGUGAACGUUUCCGAUCAAUUAGUGAUUGCUGUAGAAUAUUAAAACUCGAACCAAGCUGAUAAUUUCUUUAUAUAUUGUGAACACUGACGUACUUUGGUUCUCUUAAAAAUCAUCAGAAAAUAUCAGAAUUUCAAUUGAAGAAGACGUUUAAGUAAUAUUAUAAUCAUGAAGCUGUUUUUAAUAUGUUUGUUAUCGACUGUAAUUUAUUCGACAUCUGGUUCAAGUGAUUAUAAUUAUGAUUAUGAUGCUGAUACUGAGGAGCAAUCUGAUUCGAAUGAUUAUUUGGGAACGAAUGUUGUAUAUGGAUCCGAUACCCCAGUAUAUUACCUUGAGCUUUUAAGAAAAGAUUACUUGAAGGUUGUCCGGGAAACAAACAAAUUUUCCAGUGGUGAUUCACCUGACUCAGUUUAUCCAAACAGCUUAUUUCCAAAAUUAUUGAUAGUUGUUGAUUAUGACAUGUACAAAAAAUAUGGUGAUACAGCAUUAAUAGGUCGUGUAGAAAGAUUGAUGUCAACAAUUAAUUCUCUACAGUCCGUUACAUCAACUCCAUCAAUAAAAUAUUGUUUGGCUGGACUUGUUUUACCAAUAAAUUCAAGUAUAUUUGGAUUACCAAAACCUAAUAAAUUCGGGUACGACUAUUACUGGUUGGGUGAUAGUGAAUUAGAAAUGUCCGCAGACAACUUUAAUAAUAAUAACUUUGUUAGUAUUUACACAUAUGUAGUUGCUAAACCGACGUUAAAGAAAGUGUCGGAAUGGUUUGUCAGCAAUAAAGGUAGAUUUGAGAGCUUGAAAUAUGAUGUAAUCAUGUUCUUGUCUUCAUGGCUUAUAAGUGAUGAAAAACCCCACGACACAGCUAGUAUAAUAAAUAGUUACACAACUGGGAAGAUUUGUCCAGAGGGAACAAAUGAUCGACCUGGAGUCAUAUUUCCUGAAUCAUUAGGUUCUUCAAGUUUCGUUUAUCCAAUAGCUCUUUCUUACAUAUUUGGACUGUCACACCCUCAGGACAGAACGGAUUCACAAUACUUCACUGAAACAGAUCAUAUGUCUAUUGCACACUUCACGGAAUGGGCUAGCCAAUUCCCUUCUACCGUUUCUCAAAAAUUCGAAUCAGGAGCCUAUUCAUGCCUACGAAAGUAACUUCAAUGUAAUCGAUACAACUUAAAGCAUUAUCCCUAGUAAAAAACAAGUUGUUCUUCAAAUUAGAGGCUAAUAAAAUUUUUUUAUUAAUACAA